AUGGCGGCUUGGCACCGGAUAACCGCCCUCUCUUUGCUGCUCCAAGUCGGUUUGUUAUUGUUGCUGUUGUCGGCUGGGAGCAGCGGGAAACCGCUGGAGAAAUGUCUCGACGGCAAGCCUUGUUCACCCCCGAGACCCCCAGUGGUCCUCAUUCCGGGGGAUCUGGGAAACCAGUUGGAGGCUAAGCUGGAUAAACCCAGUGUGGUCCAUUACAUCUGCUAUAAGAAGACCGACUCCUUCUUCACUCUGUGGCUCAACCUAGAGCUGCUGGUCCCUGUCGCCAUAGACUGUUGGAUCGACAACAUAAGGCUGAUCUACAACAGGACCACACACAGCACCUCUUCACCGCCUGGUGUGGACGUUCGUGUCCCGGGUUUCGGAAAGACAUUUCCACUUGAGUAUCUGGACCCCAGCAAACACAGUGUUGGCAUGUAUUUCUUUACCAUAGUGCAGAUGCUGGUAGAGUGGGGCUACACCCGUGAUGUCGAUGUGAGAGGAGCUCCCUAUGAUUGGAGGAAAGCCCCCAAUGAGAAUAAAGAGUAUUUCCUGGCGCUGCAACAGAUGAUUGAAGAGAUGGCGGAGAAUGCGGGGGGGCCCGUGGUACUCAUUGCACACAGCAUGGGCAACAUGUACACCUUGUACUUCCUCAACCAGCAACCACAGGCCUGGAAAGACCGGUACAUCAAAGCAUUCAUCACCCUGGGAGCACCAUGGGCAGGGGUGGCCAAGACCCUCCGUGUGGUCACCUCUGGGGAUAAUAACCGCAUCCCGGUGAUCAGCCCGUUGAAGAUUCGCUCCCAACAACGUUCUGCUGUCUCCACCUCCUGGCUGUUCCCCUAUGCCCACUCCUGGCCCAAAGAUCAUAUCUUGGUGCAGACGCCCACCACGAACUACACCGUGCUGGACUACAAGCGCUUCUACUCAGACAUCGGUUUUGAGGACGGCUGGCUCAUGCGGCAGGACACCGAGCCACUGGUGUCCGACCUCAGGCCCCCCGGCGUGGCCGUCCAUUGCUUGUAUGGUAGCGGUAUCCCCACGAUGGAGGCCUUCCAGUACUCGGACAAGUUCCCCGACGUGGAGCCCACGGUUGUGUUGGGAGAUGGGGACGGGACGGUGAACCUACGGAGUGGCAUCCAGUGCAGGCGGUGGGUGGGAAAGCAAAAACAGCCUGUGACAGUAAAGGAGCUUCCAGGGAACGAACAUGUGAACAUGCUGUUGAACAUGACGACUGUGUCUUACAUCAAGACUGUGCUGUUCUCCCCAUAAUGCUAGUAGAAACCGAUGGCUUUAUGUGCACACACACACUGACUCAUCUCGCCUGUCUUGCUGAAAUGUGACUACCAAAAUAGUCCUGUGUACAUGCCUCAUAGCUUA